AUGUUUUAUCAAUACUUUCUAAUUAAGAAUAAUCCUUCUCUUUCCCGUCUAAGUGGACUCAAAACAACAGAACGAACAUGUGAUGUACUAUAAACCACUGCACAUACAAAUAAAUCUAGCAAAUAUAUUCAUGAAAAAUUCAACACCGAAUAAUCAACUAAUGAAGGCUAUUUAAUCAAAAGAUCAAAUGCUUUUUCUAAACAAAAUAAAUCCAAAAUCAAUAUGCUUAUAAACAACAUUAAAAAUACAUUCAAAACAGAAAUAGAAAAAGUUAAAGAGGAAUGUAGGAUUCGAUAAACUAAUCCAUAAAUAUAUAUGUAUUUUGUUUCAAUCUACUAUUUUUAGUUAAGAAAUGUUAUAACGUAAUAAAGAUGACAUCACAAUGUUAAUUGACAAAUUAAGAAGGAUUUUACUAAAUAAAUCUAAAAGAUCCUUUUGCAUUGAAAUUAUUUAAGAAAUCAAUAACCAAAUUUCUAAAAUUCGGAAUCUUGGUAUUUAACUUAAACUAUUACAUAGAUAUUAAAAUUAUGGUUAGUUUAGCACUAUCUAAAAUUGCUAAAUAUUAUAAUCUACUUCAUUAUGCUAUUUUGCUUGCUAAAAAUGCUAAACGAUUCUCUGACUCUGAAUCUAUGCUUAAGUAUAAAAUUAAAGCUUAUGAAAUCUUAUCUUAAUGUUUUCUUAAAUUAAGACUUAAAUAAGCAAAAACUUAUAUAACCAAAUAUUUAAUGUGUAGUUGGAAAUUGGAUAAACCUAAUGAAGAAUUAAAAGGGUAUGAUCAAAUGGGAAAAUAUUAUUUUUAUGAAGGAAACAUAGAAAUGGCUUAGUUUUUUCAUAAUAAAAUGAUAAAUGGAGAUACUUUAGUAAUCAUCCUAUAUAUGUUAGAAACCUAAUUCAUCUUUAAAGAGAUUAGCUGUUGCUAAAUUUGAAUAAGGUUCAGUAGGAAAAAGCAAAAAGGAGAAACAAUCUGUAAACACUGAAGAAGCAAAUUUUAAUAUAUCUUCUGAUGAUGANCAAUCUAUAAAAGCUUUCAUCUCAUCGCUAUUUAAGUAGAUUUGUCAGAUCAACCACUAUUUAAGAACCUAUCUUAAAAAAAAAUUAAGAGAUUAUCUCUUCUUGUGA